CAAUGGUAGCCGUGGCGGCCGAAGAGGAGCUUGUCAACGUGGACUUGCCGAAGAAAUGGCUUCACUGCGCCGUGUGCCAUGCCGCCCUGAAGCCUCCCGUGUUCAAGUGCAAGAAUGAGCACGCCGUGUGCUGCGCCUGCGCCGGCGGCGGCGGCGGCACGGAUAAGCUCUGCGGUCCAUGUCGCCGCGCCGUCACGUUCACCCGCUGCCGCUACAUAGACGGGCUGGUGGACGACUACAAGGUUGCUUGUCCGAACAAGAAGCACGGCUGCGAGAGGUCCGUCGCCUACCACUCGGUCGCCGAGCACAGGCUCAGGUGCGCGCACGCUCCAUGCUACUGCUUCGAGUGCACGCCCCCGUUCGAGGGCUCGCCGGCGGACCUCCUGCGACAUUGCACGGCGCCGUUCGGCAAGCACUCCUGGCUAACGGAGAAGAUCAAGUACGAGUCCAGCCACUCGUUCGUCGUGCAGGCGUCGUCGGAGGAGUACCGCUGCCUCCUAGUCGCGGAGGACGGCUGUGUGUUCCUCCUGGCCGUGGGCGCUGGCGGUGGCCCGGCCGGCCGCCGCCUCCCCGUCAACGUCGUGUGCGUCAGGAGCAACACCGACGCCCACACGAGGCCGUUGUACACGGGCGUGCUCUGGGUGGAUGGGCCGCCGGCCGCCUCAGGGGAAGCGUCCAGGUGA